AGAGAAAGCAGAAACUGUUCUUGGAAGCUUGAACUCGGGCGAUUGGCAAUGGCUCUUCUCUUCUCCAUCUCCUGUCCUUCCCCCUUCCUCGAUCCCUCCAUAAACCCUAACAAGCCCUUAUACUCUUCUCUUUCUGUAAAACCUAAUUCUCUCGGUUUCUCUCUUGUUCGCCAUCAGAAGCCUGUUCGAUUUUCUCGAGUUCGAUCUUCCGAAUCCGAUUCCGAGCCAGAAAACGCAUACGUGAUUACGGACGAAUGGGGCGAGAGGUCCGAUCCCGAAACCGAAUCUGAUGCCGAGCCCGACGCGGGAAAUAUUCCUGAGUUUACGGACGAGUGGGGUGAGAGAUCCGAACCCGACCCGGAUGAGCCAGCGACCAGUUUAGCAGACUCGGAUCCUCCGAGGUACGAGGACGAGUGGGAGGAAGAACGAGGUGGAGACGGCGAAGUGGGCAACGGGAACGGAAGCGCAGUGUACGAUCGGGCUUGGGAGCUGAAGAGGAUCCUGGCGGACACGGUGUACGGAACUGAAUUAGGGUUCCGGGCCGAGUCGGAGGUUCGUGGGGAGGUGUUGGAGCUUCUGAAUCAGUUGGAGGCUCUGAAUCCGACGCCUACUCCGGUUGAGGCUUCGGAUCUUCUCGACGGCAACUGGGUUUUGCUAUACACCGCAUUUUCCGAGUUGUUGCCUCUUCUGGCUGCGGGGUCGACACCUUUCUUGAAAGUUAAAAGGAUAACUCAGUCUAUUGACACGAAGAACCUCUCCGUGGAAAACUCAAUUACACUCUCCGGUCCCUUAGCAGACUUCUCGUUCAGCGCUUCUGCUACAUUUGAAGUUCGAAGCCCUUCGAGAAUUCAGGUUUCAUUCAAAGAAGGUACACUUCGACCUCCGGAGAUAAAAUCAAGCCUCGAUCUCCCCGAGAAUGUGGAAUUGUUCGGGCAGCAGGUCAACUUAUCAUUACUGAAGCAAUCUCUGAACCCUUUACAAGAAAUAGCAGCGAACAUUUCACGGGCAAUAUCCGGUCAGCAGCCUCUCAGUCUUCCGUUUCCAGGAAACCGGGGCAGCUCCUGGCUUCUGAUCACUUACCUCGACAAAGAUCUCAGGAUUUCUAGAGGGGACGGUGGCAUUUUCGUGCUUGCGAGAGAAGGAAGCUCUCUGCUCGAACUCUGAGGAGUUAUAUUAUAUAUACAGGUUGUCCUUUUAAUGCAUAGAUGAGUGUAAAGAAGACAGGGUAUGGAUGAGAGCAGAAAACUUGGAAUGCUUCCAUUGACAGUAACAGGACAUCUAUCUUCGAUUUA